UUUUUAUACAUAGCCUUUCCCAGCUGAUUGUCGACUACAGAGACGGAAAGAUUCCAGAUACUCCCCCUCAAAAUAGCGACCCAGGACAGAGUUCUGCUAAGGAGAGUUUACCUUCUUCGCAUGCUGGGGCAGAAAAUAUCCAAGAAAAGUUGCAAUUGCCCAGCAAGGACAAUGAAGAAGAAGUGGCUGUCGAUUUGGGAACCAGCAAUGGCAGCUGCAUGGAUUCAGUGAAGAAUGUUGAGCAGAAGAAGAGUUUAGUGAUUAAGGUUGCACCGAGGUUUGAAGACAUCUCUGUAAGCCGUAUUUCACCGAAACAUGAUGUUGAUGAUUCACGGCCUCCAUCAGAUGAUGACUUAGAUCUUGCUCCCAAGAAAGUCCGGCAUCCAAGAUUCGCAAAGCUAAUUCAGGCCUGGGGAGAACCCGUGAUAAACACAGAGGCAAAAGAUGGUGUUUUGAAACCAGGAACUAGCACCUUCUUUGAGGACAAUAAUUCUAAUAAUGAAAAUGAAGAUGCAGUUAGAACCUUUUCCCAACCAUCAAGUGAAGUUUCAGGCUUUUCUCAUCCUGCCUCCCCAGCACCGGAACCUCUCACGUCUUCAGCAGUCCUUGGUGUUACAGAGGAAGAAGCAACAAAGCCGAAAACUGGGGGAAAAGAGAAUGGCACUCGGACUAUUAACAGUGUUCUAAAGGAGCAAGCAGAUCAUAGCAAAUUGAUUCCUGUUGAUGGAGCACACAAAAGGGACAGAGGUGACGCAACUUCAGCAUUGGGAUUAGAAGAAAAGGAAGAUGUCGAAUCACCCUUGGAUUCUGAGAGUAUCUCCGAGAUUGAACUACCGAACUGUGUCGAUCAUUUAUCUGGAGCUGCAGGUCUAGGAGGAAAAAAUUCAUUAAAUGGACAAAUAGAAAAUUCUACUGAAAAAUAUCCUCACUUGAAGCCUGCAGUUGGAGUGAAAGAUUCUGUUCCUAAGAAAACAGGAGAAAUGAAGAAUUUACAAACAUUCAAAUCAGGUUCUUCAGACUGGGUUUCUACUAGUUUGAGCCUCAAUAAUGAGGCUGGUCAAAGAGCCGAGCAUUUGAAAGUUGAUAAACGUCCGUUGGUAUCACGAUCAGUGACCGCAAACCAGUCAGCACCCACAGAACUGAGGCAGACGGCCCUGGUAGAUAAAGACCGGAUGAAUAUUGGAGCUGUGUCUGUGUCAGAACAUGCAGCGCUCCGUGGCCUGUGUGAGUCACAGCUGCCAGAGAACAGAAGCCGCAAAGAAGCAGACCUAGACUUACAAAGGGCAUCUGAGGAAGAGCAAGAAAGACUUGAUGCGAGUGAAAAUAACCACUCACAGAAAAUGCCUAGAGAACCAGAAAUGAAUAAGGAACAUGACAGAAAGGACAUACCUGUGUCUUCAAAACGUUCUUGUGUGGAGAAGCAUGAGGACAUGUGGGUCAAACAAGGCAAAUUCGACUGGAAAAAUAAUUCAGAAUUUAUCACAAAGAAGUCAAAUCAGAAAAUCAGUAAAAUCCAUGAAAAAGGCAAAAUUACUUUUCAUCGUAAGGUAGUGUCACUACAUGACAACUGUGAACUACGUGGUGACUUAAAGGAACUACCUUCCAACGUGAUAGAUAAUAUAUUUGAUUUUGAGGAAGUAGAUGCACCUGGAGCCUCUGUCUCUAUAGGAUUCCAGGCAGUCUCUGAACACAAAGAGCCCAGUCUUGAAAAUGUUUUUCCAUUUUAUUCCAAGUCUGAGUCAAGAAAGUAUGGUUGCCAGUCAUCUUCAAAACUUUAUUUAAAUGAAAAUAAGUUGGAUGAAAAUGGUAAGCCAGACACUGAACACGUUUUUAACAAAACUGAGGAGAGUUUUUGUAAUGAUAGAGAAAAUGAAGUACGGAACCGAGUUCCAUUUAAAGUGAAAGAAGACCAAGAAUUUGCUACGAAAAGAAAACCGAAAAGGAACCAAAAUACUCACUGGAAAUCAGACAUUGGACAUGCACCUCAGGUUGAAGUAGAAGAGAACAGGAACAAAAGUGAACUGAAAGGGUCAGAAACCAUGUGUGGUGGCAGUUACCAUGAAGGAUUAACUCGGCAGAGGAAGAGGGGAAAAAGUGAUGACCGGCAGUUUCCUGCUCUGCAGAAAGGAGAUUCUGAUAGUAGCUGUCCUGGCUUGCAUAUGAAGGAAGUAAAGAAGAAUGAAAGUGGAAAACGGACAUUAAAAGCAUCUGUGACUUCACAUGUAUUGGAGAAGACUGCCUCACUGGCUGGUGGUCUCCUACGCAUGAAUGAGAACAGCAGCUUAAGUGAAGGAGGUCAAGGUUGUGGCAGGUCUUCAAAGAAAAUGUCUACUAAAAAGGACAAGGUCAAAGAGCAGAUUAAUUCUGUGGACGACCUCGAUGACUUAACUCUGUCACCGGAAACAGCUUCUGAGGAUCGCAAGUCGCUUUACCCUAAUUGUAAGAAUACCCUGAGGCUAAUCGAAGAACUUGGCCCGGACAGUAAAGAUUCUGAUAGGUUAUUGAAGAUUCAGGAUCCAGUUCAUUCAUUCAGAUCAAUAGAACUGAAAGAAUCUGACUCUGCACUACUUAGAGGAAAAAUUAAAGAAAUGGAAAAUAAGGUGAACUGGCUACAAACAGAGCUGUUGAAAACAAGAGAAGAAACAUCACAGUUAAAGCUUCAAAAUGUGGAGUGGGAACGAGAGCUCUGCAGUAUGAGAUUCACAUUAGAACAAGAAACAAAGAAGAAGAGAAAUGCUUAUAUAUUAUAUGAAAAAACAAAGGAUGACUUGAAAAGAAAAGAGAAACAAUACAAUGAGCAAGUUUACCUGAAACAACAACUUGAAAUCACUGCCCGAGCACUAGAAUGCAAAGUGAAGAGCAUAUGGAAUAAAGCAAAUCAGGUUUUAGAAGAGCAAAAUGACGCUCAGAGACAACUUUCUCGAGAGCAGAAUGCCAGAGUAAUACAAGAUGAAAUCCUGGCCCAUCAUCUUUCCCAACAAAAGGAGGCAGAAAAGGCUAAUAAGAAAAUGAAUGCUGAGGACACAAUGGAUUUUGAGCUGUCUGACCCAGAAGAUAACAGCGAGGUGCUUCCUCAGCAACUUCCUGAAGCUGGAAGUCAAUUCCGUGGCCAAGAAAUUGAGCUCCAUCCCAGGACAUAUGCUUUUAGACCAACGACGUUGGUAUUAGAAUGUGUGCAUAGAGACCGAGGCCAAGCCCAGUGUUCAAAGAAGGAAACUGAAUCGUUGUCUCAGAGAAAACAAGGGAAAGUCAACAAAUACAUUGUAAAGCAGGCAUUCUUGGAGGAGAGAGUAUGUGAACUAGAAAGUGAAAACAUGUUGCUUCGACAGCAACUGGAAGUUGCUCAAAAUAAGGCCAAAAGCAAAAAGACAAUACUUAAUAUCCCAGAGCCGUUUCUGGAUCACAUGGGAAAACUUGAAGCCAUGAGCAAACGAGUUCUGAUGCUGGAGGAAGGAAACAGGGAAUUAGUCAAUGAAUACAAAUGUUUAAAGGACAGACUGUAUCAGCAUGUAACUGACAGAGCAGAAAUGAAAGCCUGUAUGAGACAGCUUCAACAAGAGCUGACUGACACCCAAAAGAAAGUGUCCAUGUUGGAAGCUUCCCUGGAGGUGACAGCACAUCAUCAGACUAAUUCAGAAAAUGAGAGACAGGAUUCAGAGAGGAAAUCACAUCAAGCUGCGAGCCCAAAUGCUGAUCCUCCAACAAAAGUGGAAUCUACAUCUUCAGUACUUCUCCAUCUGAGUGCAGAAACUCAACUUUUUCUAAAGGAGUUAUUAUCUAUGAAAGAAUUGUAAAAGAAAUGUGACACACUAGAGGAGAAGAAGAAGUUGGAAGAAGAAGUAGUAAACCUCAGACGUCACCUAGAAAUGAACACAGUGGAACGCAGUCCAGUAGAGCAGUACAAACGGGAGACUGAAGAGCGAGCAAGACGGGAUGUAGCAGAAAAAUGGAAAGAACUCAGUCAAGUCGUGCAGUACAACCGGGAGACUGAAGCGAGAGCAAGACAGGAUGUAGCAGAAAAAUUGAAAGAAAUCAGCCAGUUUGUACAGGCACAAGCAGCAUCUCAAGAAAACUCAUUAAGAGAGUAUAAACGUGCUUCACUAAGUCAAAUGGAAUACAAAGUUAAAGAUCUGGAAACUGAACUGAAAAGUUUUACUUUUCUAAUGAAAAAGAAUUGGAAAAAUACAGACAACUGUACCUGGAAGAGCUAGAAAAUAGAAUGUCAUUGGCAAGUCAACUAAACUCGGCUAAUGAGAGGCUGGCAGAGAUGAACACUAAACUGCAGCUGGAGAAACAGCACAAGAGUUCUUUCCUCGGCUUUGUUCCUGCAAGGCCUGUUGACGGACCGCCUUCUGCUGAAAGUUCUACUACUAGCGUAGAGCCCAAAAGGAAUGUUACUCGAAGAAGGAACUUCAGGAAUUUUUCAGACCCUUCAACUAGCACGGGCGGUCACUUGUUCACGAUUAGUUAUAUUAUCUUUUUUCCCUUGGGUUUCAGAUUUCUGAUAUAAUUCUUGUUUUUAAUUUGAUGAAAUUCUGAGUUGUUUAUUUGACUUCUGCACACUAAGUAAAAGCCAUAAUUAAUUGUGCUAAUAAAGAAAGGAGACAGAAACUUUAUAGUUUUUUAAAGUCCCUGGACUUGUAAUUUUCAAGAUACCUGUCAUUAACUUUAUUCAAUCAAUGCAACUAAACUGACAAAUUUUAAAUUUCUUCAAAAGCUCCAUUUUAAAUUCUAUUUUAGAAAUUAAGUAUUAUUGCCUAAUAACUAGAGAUACACUUUCCAAUGUUUGGCUUAGUUUCUGAUUGAUUUUGGCUUGGCAUUGGUUCACAGUAAUUUUCAAGUUUGCCUGCACCCCAGUUUUUCUGCCCCUAAGCAUAAGUAAAUGAUUGGCAUCGAGAUACUUAACCACAUACAGGUGUUUUUUAUUUAAAGGGAUCCAAGAUAAAUUCUUUUUAUGAAUUCAAUAAACUUGUAACACUAAAAACAUUAAGUUCUGUUUUUAAGUUUAAAAUUUUUAUCAUUUUCUUCUGUAAGAGUACAUCCUUAAUUGCUAUUUUACUUAUAGCAUUGUUAUUUUAAUUGUUAUAAAAUGUCUUACUGAGCAGUUGUAGAACAUUUCUAAAUAUGUAGUCAAGUAUAGCAAGUAUUUAAAAUUUUAAAAUGAAGUUCGCUUAUGUCUCUGCCUUGCCCUCACCUGUAGGAAUACCGAGGUGGCAACAAUAGGGAGUCUUUAAAUUACAACCAGUUUUCAUUGUGUAUCGUUGUUAAAAUAGCCAUUUAAAGCGGUGCGCGUUGGCUUAUGGUUUGAUGGUGUUUUCAUGAUCUUCUUGAUGUAGAGAAAGGUAGCACAGGCCCUUGUUAAGUGAGGUCCCAACCUGUUUUUUCUCACUUGGCUUCAUGUCAUAAUAAAUCGAAGAAGAAAAAAGCUCAGGUUUCGUAGACAGUGCUGUGGGUAAAUCGAGUCUAAUUGCUUCAGAGUUAUGAAACCAGACUGCGUGGUGUUAAAAAAAAACGCAUGGCUAACACUUCUGUCAGCGGCUAAGCAUGAUGCAAACUCGAAAUGUUUUCAUUAGUUGUCACCAAAAAAUCGCCAGUGUGUCAUUUACAGGAUGAUGGUGAGUGUGAGUGCAAAAGCAAUGCGAGAGAAAGCUCCUGAGGACAGUUCCUUCCUUUAAUGUUUUUGGAGGAAAGAGGUGUCUAUUUUUUAGUACUUGUAAGUACACUGGAAAAUAACUUAUUUUAAACUCAGUGUUGUACUUCCAAGGCACACGUAGUUCUUCUGUGGGGCCGUGGGGCCAAAUCACGCUAGAUUUAGCAGGGAGAUUAACAAGCCCCGCUCUGUCCGGGUGCAGAGACCCGGCUUCCUCAGCACUACAGGGUGCUUCACAGGAGCUAUUGUACAGUUACUGUUUACAGAUUUCUUAGUCAGACUUAGAGAAAGAAGGUGCCUUCUGGAAUUGCUAGGGAUGUAAUUAUUUCUGCUGGGAAAACAUAAAGUAAUGCUAUGAGAGGUGUGAACAUACUGUCAUUUUAAUGACAGGAAGGGAUGGGUUUUGCAUGGGGCUUAACAAAACAACAGACUUGCACAGCUUUUCAGCUAUGGUUCUAGAAAGCAAAAUGUUCAAAACGACAUUGGGAUUGACUUUAACAUUCUCCUUUAUUUGCAAGGUUUUAACAUUUUGGACUGUUCCUACUGUGAAGUUCCAGCUUGCUCCGCAUUUUUUUCUAGCUUGACAGAAGUGUUGUUCUAAGUCUGUGAUUUCAGUCGCGCUGGUUGUCGAAGCAAGCUUUUUCCAGUUCGUAACACUUGGGUUUAUUGCCUCUCUUACUGCUGCAUGAAGUAUAGCCUUGUCCCUUGACAUCGUUGUAGUGGUAACAGAUGGACCCCUUAUCUGUUUUGCUAAUUUUUACCCUCAGAUUUCACAUUCUAGUUUAUUUCUGGGAUGUUUUGUCCUACAUGUCAGAAGCAAUUUUACAGUUUUACUCAAUUGUGUUACUUAACUUUAUUACUAUAAAAUACAAAAAGUUAAAAUUAGCCUGAGCAGAUACAUCGCUGUUAGAUUUUCUUGCACAUAGAAUUUUUUCUGAGAACUGAAAACUUAAAAAUUGAUUCCAGACAAUAUUAUAACAGGCAAAAUCUCUCUGUUUUAAAGACUUUUUUAUGUUCAAGAGUUUUUAAGUACUGGUGUGCCUAACAUGAAGCAUGGCCAAAAUAGUUAAUAAAUGUCCUUCAAAUCUAUUUGAAAUAGGAAGACUAAAUUUUACACUGAUUGAUUUUGGACUUUUGGUGUAUUACUGACACUUUGAAACGUUUUCUAAUGAUUUAUUUAAAUAAUUUUUAAAUUUCUCAAAUGUCCAUUCAGUGUAGCAGCCCUUUUUCUAAAUGGGAUUAUACCAAUGCACCAGAGCUAAAACGAUUAAUAUUCCUAAGACUUUAACUUUUUACAUGACACAGCACUGCGUCUCAGCAGUAUCUUGGUCACGUUUCUUUUAAAAGUAGGCUUCCAAGGCAGGGCACAUCCACUCAGAAUUUUAAUUCUAAUCAAACUAUCACAGUAGUUAAGCUCACUUCUCAUAAGGUGGAGGCAGAGUUUAGUAACCUUGUUUCUGGUAUCAGUUCUCUACUCUGAGGACUCCCUCCUGCCCUCAUUUCAUUUUGUCUGAAUGGACAAAUGAGGAAGCACGUUAUCUUUUGAAAGACGAUCACUCAACUUCUUCCAGUUCUUUUUCUUUCAUUCACUUUUUUCUCUGGACUUAAUUUUUUAGCUCCUUGAUCAACAAAUUCUUUCUCAUUUCUUUUCUCUGCAGCAAAAUACAUGUAUUUAAUAGUUACAAACUGACAAGUGUCAUUUCCUUCAUACGUUAACCUAUUUACAACAGGAUAAUGAAUGAGAGUGGUUAAAUGCCUUGGUUUUAUUACAUUUCUGGAAUUGUACUUAUUUUUAUAACAUUUAAAGUAAGAAUGAUACCAAGUUUGAACUUAAAAGUAUCAAUAAUCUGAAAAUAUAUUCACUUCGGAAAUGAACGUGUGUGUAUACGUGUUGGCAAGUGUGUUUUUAUCAAAUUGAUCUCAGAAAGAGAGGGCAGCAUUAUCUUCCAGCCUGUGACCUCAGUUUUGACCUCAAUCCUGCAGUGUCCCCAGUGGGACCUUCCAUUUCUAUGGGACAUAGUCUGCGAACUGCCAGUUAUGAGAGAAUCCUCCUAAUUAAAAAUCAUUAGAAUUAAAUCUUGCUGAUA